CUUUUUGUAAAAAUAAAUAAAUAUUUUAGUUCUUUUUCCCUUUCCUUCCACCACUAGUUCCGGCCGGUCGUUUUCUUCCCUACUGUCGUCGUCGUUUUCUCCCCCUUAUACUAGUUUCGGGCGUUAUCUAUCAAUUGCUAAUAUUGGCUGUUGAAAGCAAAAGUUAAAUCCCUAAUUUGGGGAGAAAAACCCUAAUUUGGUGAUUACCGUAAAUUAUAAGCUUGGUUUGUUUCGUCUCAAAACUCUGAGAGUUGAUACACAGAGACAUUCUUCUCCAUCAUUCGAUCGAUCAAAUGUCGCUUUUAAGGUUCAGGUUUGGUUCUUCUUCUUCUUCUUCUAUUCCCACUUUUAUUAUUCCCUUCUUCUUAAGGCUGCGAUUAUACUCUCACUCUACAUUCAUUCCCAAUCAUGAUAUUGCGGUUAAAAAUGCUGUUUCCCCAUUCCAUUACAUGCUCCGUAAGAAUCCUACCCCAUCCAUUGUUCGAUUUAACAGGAUUUUAACUUCCCUUGUUAAGACUAAAAACCAUUACACCACUGCUAUUUCCCUUUAUCGUCAAAUGGAAUUCAAGGGGAUUACCCCUAACUUAAUUACUUUCAAUAUAUUGAUAAACUGUUAUUGUCACCUAACUCAUCAAAUUACUUUUUCCUUUUUUGUAUUGGGAAAGAUUCUCAAGUUGGGUUAUCAGCCAGAUACUAUAACCUUCACCACUCUUAUUAAAGGUCUAUGUCUUAGUGGCAAUGUUCAGAAAGCAUUGCACUUUCAUUACCAUCUUCUGGCAAAGGGAUUUCAGUUGAAUCAUGUUAGUUAUGGGACUUUGAUUAAUGGCUUGUGUAAAACCGGGGAAACUAGAGCUGCCCUGCAAAUGUUGAGACAAAUUGAAGGGAAAUUAGUCAACACCGAUGUGGUAAUGCAUAACAUAAUCAUUGAUAGUUUGUGUAGAGAUAAAUUUGUAACCGAUGCUUAUGAGUUAUAUUCUGAAAUGAGCACAAAGAGAAUUUCUCCUAAUGUUGUCACUUUCAAUUCUCUAAUCAAUGGAUUUUGUAUUGUUGGUCAACUGAAAGAAGCAUUUGCUUUGUUUGAUGAAAUGGUAUUAAAAAACAUCACCCCAGAUGUAUAUACUUUUAAUACAUUGGUUGAUGCAUUUUGCAAGGAAGGAAAUGUGAAACAAGCUAACAAUGUGUUGGCUAUGAUGAUGAAAGAAGGUAUAAAACCAAAUGUUGUUACUUAUAAUGCUUUAAUGGACGUGUAUUGCUUAGUUAAUCAAGUGAACAAUGCCCUAAAUAUAUUCAACACUUUGGCCGAUAAGGGAGUGACUCCUAAUGUUCGGAGCUACAAUAUCAUGAUUAAUGGAUUAUGCAAGAAAAAAAUGGUGGAUGAAGCCAUGAGUCUCUUUGAAGAAAUGCAAAGCAAGAAGAUUGAACCUAAUACAGUAACUUACAGUACUCUUAUCGAUGGUUUGUUCAAAUCGGGGAAAAUCUCUUUUGCAUUGGAGCUUGUUGAUGAGAUGCAUGAUAUAGGUCAACCUGCCGAUGUAAUCACGUACAAUUCUUUAUUACAUGCUUUGUGCAAAAAUCAUCAACUUGACAAGGCAAUUGCAUUUGUUGAUAAAAUUAAAGGCGAAGGUAUUCAGCCAAAUGUUUGCACAUACAAUAUACUAAUUGAUGGACUAUGCAAAGGUGGAAGACUUAAGAACGCUCAAGUGAUUUUUCAGGAGCUUUUGACUAAAGGCUAUAAUGUAACUGUUUGGACGUAUAAUGUUAUGAUAAAUGGGCUUUGUAAGGAGGGCUUGUUUGAUCAAGCACUUGCAUUAUUAUCAAGAAUGGAAGACAAUGGUUGCAUUCCUGAUGUUGUAAGUUAUGAAACAAUUAUUGAUUCUCUCUUUCAAAACGGUGAGAGAGAUAGGGCAGAUAAACUUGUACAUGAAAUGAUUUCUAAAGGUCUCUACUACAAGAGUAAAACGCAGUAAGUUGUUUUGGGUAGGAGAGGAGGAAUGAGGAUAAUGGUAUCAUUCCCGAUGCCGUAACUUAUGAAACUACUAUUUUCGCUCUCUUUCAUAAAGAUGAGAAUGAAAAGGCGGAGAAACUUCUCCGUGAAAUUAUUUCUAGAGGUCUACUGUAACAAUAACUUUAAGUAAGAUAAUUUCUCAUUAUAUAAUUGGUUGUUUUGAUGAUGACAAUUAUGAAAUUAUUAUGAUUUAUUUAUUUAUUUUGUUGAUAGUUAUAUUUACAAAAGAAAAGGUGGACUACUCGAUGGCCUCACUAUCACUUUGAUAUUAAUCAAAAGACAUGCGUUGCUGUUAUGAUCAUUGCAAUAUUAUAAUGACAUUAAUGGUUGAUUAUAUUUUGACACAGUAAUCCUUUAUCUUUGCAAUGUACUGUCAACCAGCCUCAUGGUUGUUAUCAGAAUGUAUCCAGCUCGAGUAUCAUAAGCAGUGGUUGUUAUCAGAAUGUAUCCAGCUCGAGUAUCAUAAGCUCGAGUAUCAGAAUGUACUCCCAAUCAUGAUGUUAAAAAUGCCGUUUCGUCAUUCCAUCGCAUGCUCUGUGUGAAUCCCACACCAUCCGUUGUAGAAUUUAACAAGAUUUUAAAUUCCCUUGUUAAGAUGAAACAUUACCCAACUGCUAUUUCACUUUCUCACCAAUUGGAAUUUAACGGAAUUAUGCCAGAUAUUUUUACUUUGAGUAUCUUGAUCAAUUGUUACUGCAACUCCCGUCAAAUGAUUCUUGACGCUGUAACUUAUGAAACAAUUAUUUGUGCUCUCUUUGAAAAUGAUAAGAAUGAUAAGGCAUUGAAACUUUUACAUGAAAUGAUUGUCAAAAGGUGUACUGUAAGAAAAGAACCAGUUUGAGUUAAAGUUUCAAUCCAUUCCAAUGCAGGAAUGGACACAAAUGAGCUCAGUAUUUUGAGCAAAUGAUACUUCUGAGUCCUCACUCAGCUUAAGGACUCUUGGUUAGCAUCAUGACAUGUCCUUGACCCUUUGUUGCAUAAACAAAUGUACAACUCAUCUCAAGAGGCAAGUUUUUUCUUCUUCAUGUAGGGUAUGAACAAUCCAAGAGUAUUCCAUGUGACAUCCUAUGGUGCAGACUGCAGACACAACAGGAAAUUCAGAUAGCACAGAAGCACUACUUGCAGCCAUAGCAGAUGCAGGAAUGCCAUCAAAUGAUCUACGUGAAGGACAUUUGCUGGAAAGCAUAAAAAACCUUGCAGGUGCACAGAUUAAUCUUGAAGGUGGAAAUUACAUGAUCAGCAGGUCAUUAAAGCUUCCGGUAGCCGGCGUUGUGAACCUCAUGUUUCUAGUAAUCUGUACUUUGACUUCGAGGAAUUCCGACAUUGCAAAUGUUGCUAACGAAUUUGGGAGCCACACCACGUCUGAUUUGUAAGUUCAUCGCUCGUAGCAAGGCGAGCAAUUGUAAACAUAAAGACAUUUGAAUCUGGGAAGAUACAUAAUGGUUUCAGAACGUAAUCCUGUUGUUGCAACUCCCUUGUUGCUGGAAGAUUGAUUUCCUACAAUGUCUCAAGGAUCAAAUCAGCAUGUUUACUUUGUUCCUGAAAUAAACAGAACUUAUAAAGUUCCAUAUCUUGAGAUGAUCAAUUUCGAAAGUUUUGGUGUUUUUGUGUUUCAUUAGAUUUGAUUACGGUGUCUUAACACUCUUUUUGUUCUGCAUUUUGCCAUCCACCAGGUUGUAUAUUAUCAGGUGCUGGGAGGCAGCCUUACAGUAAGGGCUAGGUUUAGUGAUUCUCAAUUCUAGGUGUUUUGGUUGGACAGACAUUUCACACUCUUUUUUAAACAAUUAGGACAAAUAAAUAAACAAAAAGAUUUGGUUACUUUGAAGGUUAACUAUUUUUUAUUUUUGUUAGUUGAUAUAAGAAGGUUGACAACUUUGACUUAGCCAUUUGAUCAGACAUUUUUUAUUUAAAAGAAUUUUAGAAACUAGGAUAAAACACUCGGUGACGCACCAGAUACGGCGUUGCUGCAAUUUUUUUAAUGUAAGGCGAAUUUGUACCGUUAAAAAAGUAUUCGUCAUCGUAAGAUUGUUAUAUGAUGUAUGAUAGCUAUAAUUGUAAUAUUUAUUAGUGACAAUUUCUUCAUACAUAAUAAUAUUGAACUUGUU